UGUUAGCCUAAAAGAUUAAUCAAUUGAGAAACAGUCUAAUUGCGAACGUGAUUGAGAGAAGAAAAAUGCUGUUUCGCAGGCUCACUUGGCGAUGUUUGGUGCGAUACUGCAGCAGUCAAAGUGAGCGGCAGGUUCCCAGACAUACAAAAGCACUUAAGAAAAAAAAGCCAUUUGGAGGUGGAGGCUUAGUUUUACUGACACUACCCGCCGCCGCCUUUGCUCUGGGGACAUGGCAAGUCCAGCGCUGGCGAUGGAAGCUUGGUCUGAUCGCCGACAUGGAGGAAAGAACACGAACACCUGCAGUUCCCCUGCCAGAGGAUUUAGAUGAGCUGCCCAAGUUGGAGUAUAAGAAGGUAACUGUCCGUGGGACGUUUGACCACAGCCGUGAGAUGCUGAUUGGGCCGCGCAGCAACGUCCAGACUGAGUAUUCCGGUUCAGGCUUGUUUCAAGGAUCGUCCAAUGCUGGGGUGUACGUAGUGACGCCGUUCAAACUGGCAGACAGAGACAUGACAAUACUAGUGAAUCGUGGAUGGGUGCCGGGAAACUAUACCAAGGGAGGAAAGCGAAUUAAAGGGCAGACUGAAGGUGAGGUGACAAUAACCGGAGUGGUGAGGAUGAAUGAAAAGAGAAACCAGUUUAUGCCAAAAGCUGAUCCUAAGAAUAUUGGAUAUUGGAUGUACAGGGAUGUUGAUGCCAUGGCAGAAGCAGCUAAUGCUGCACCAAUUUUCAUUGAUGCUGAUCUAGACAGUACCGUGACAGGAGGUCCACUUGGAGGUCAAACAAGAGUCUCUCUGAGAAACGAUCACUUCUCGUACAUCUUAACAUGGUACAGUCUCUCAGCUAUCACCUUUUGGAUGUGGUACAGGCGGUACAGACGAACACCACCGCCCGACAGUGCUUUCGAUUAUCUGAGGAAGCCUUAGUCUUCUAAAGCAGUUUGUGUUGACGGAUAUUAACACUUGUGUAUAAAGUGAUUGUACUUGAAACAAUCUCAGACAGCUGGUGUACGUGUACAGGUUUCUACUGACAAACUAUUAUUGUGUCUAUUAUUGUAAUAAUUGUAACUGACUAGUUGUUGUGGUGGUGUUGUUUUUUGAAUGGGGCGGAAUGUAUAACAGAAGUAGAGUAGUUGUUUGAGGUGUGAUGAGUUACAGGAUCAAUUGCCCUCCAAGGAUGUUUUUUUUUCUUCUAUUUCUUCUAGUGCCCCACCAAGGGUAUACCAAAGGCUGUGUUAUGUACUGUCCUGUUUAUGGGGAGGUGCAUAUCAAAGAUCCCUUGCUGCUGUAGCAGUAGAUGUGUCCAAUGUUGCAAUGCUUGGUUUCUCUUUUGUUUUCUCCAUCAAGUUUCACAGUGGUCAAAAUAACCAUAUGCUAGACGCUGUAGGUUUAAAAUGUGCUGAGAUGUCAUUAAUAAAAUAUUCCUUCUUUUUUUUCUUUUUUUUCAAAAUUGCUUUUUUGUUUUUUGAGAACUGUCCACUUUACUUUCUUUUCAUUGAAUUCCAUCUCAUUCUAUCCCACUCUACCAGUACCCGUGUUACAACUUGUUUAGCUGUCCAGCUUUAUAUCUCUUGUGUCUGUCUGUUGGUAAAUUAUUAAGAACCUGACUAUAGCUUUACAAAAGUGUUACAUGUGUUUACUGAUAAUUACUUAUUAUGAUCAAGAACGGUUUGAAAGGGCAAAGCAGAACUGCUGUUGACAGUAUUUGUGAUAUGUUUUGUUUGGAGAAAGAUGUGUUUGUAUAUAUUUUAUACCCGACCUAGACAGUAAUAAAUAGAAGCAAAAAAGAUGAGAUUAUAAUAAAUGAUGUCAGAAGC